AUGGCGGCACAAGUCAAAGGGUGUCACUUGGUCGGCAGUGUACCUCUGCCAGACGCCGAAACUGUCUUCCGCCAAUGCACAGCAGGACAUCCAGACCGCUUGAAGCAUCUCCCAGACGGCGAGCCCGGCUUUCUUAAUCUGUUUACUACCUUUCAGUCCCUUCUCUUCCAGGCCAGUCCGGAUCUCUGUACCAAGUUUAAGUACAAUGUCCCAGUUGCGAACGGCGAGUUCACGGAGCAGCAAAUCGAGGAUGCCGUCGAGAAGCUGAAGCAGAAUGGACCGCUCGAGACGCAUUACGAUACGAAUGCCAUUGAGAGCUAUGGCACCUUCAGGAAGUUGAAAGACGAGGGAGAAAGGAACAAGGUUCCAGGUUCAAAAGUCGAGCCGACCUACCAGGAUGCUCUUUAUUGUGCCAUACGGAACAUGCAGGACAGCAUACCACAUGGAGAGCUGGCGAUUCAGAUCGAUCUCGCUGUAGAUACGGCAUUCUACGAAGGCGUGUUGUACAAGCCAUGGUUCGGCGACGGCAAUAUCGAGAAGAUCAGGGAGUUCACUGUGGAUUAUAUCGUUCGCAUGGUCUCCCAGGUCGACGAGGACGUCGAGGUCGGCUUGCACAACUGCUAUGGCGACAUGGACCACCGUCACUGGAUGGAGCCCAAAUCCCUCGCCGUGGUGACUGAGCGCGGCCUCCGCGUCUUCGAGAAGAGCCCACGUUCCAUCAACUUCUUCCACUGCCCGGUUCCGAAGAGCGCCGGCGACCACCUUGAAGCUUACCUGGAGCCGUUGAAAGAGCUACUGCCAAAGUUCAAAGAGCAUGGUACGGAUCUCUAUCUCGGUGUGGUUCACUACGACGACAGCGCAGCGACGCAGAAGAUGAUCAAAGCCGCUCAGAAAGUGCUGCGUGACUUUCCCUUCGGCGUAGGGACGGAAUGUGGCUGGGGUCGGACACCCCCGGAGCAAGUGGAGGGCAUCAUGAAGAUAUCGACCGAGGUUUCGGAACCAGUGCUGUGA